AUGGCAAGCCCCGCCGAACCUCAAGUCACGGUACCCGAGGGGUAUUCACUGCACACGGAAAACACGGCCCAUAUCCUCAUCGCGUCCAAGGAAGAGGCCUUCCUCAACCCCGUGCAGGAGUUCAACCGCGACCUCAGCAUCGCGUGCAUCAGGACCUGGAGCGAACGUCUCGACAAAGAGAAAGAAGAGGUGUGGAGGCGCGCACAGGAGAAGAGGGCGCGCAAAGGGGAAACGAAGAAGGCGAGAAUCGACGCCGCUGGCACGCCGGAACACGGCGAGAACGAGCAGCUACAGACCGGUCCUUCUUUGCCGCAGGAGGCUUCACCAAGAGAGGCAGGUAUUGCGUUAAGACUACAUUAUCGGCCGUAUAGGUUUACUCUCCUUGAGGCGCUCUCUGCAACCGGCUUGAGAUCCAUCCGCUACGCAAAGGAGAUCCCGCUGGUCAAACAUGUCAUCGCGAAUGAUCUCUCCGAGACGGCUACAGCAGCCAUCAGGCGGAAUAUACAGGUCAAUGGGAUCGAAGAAGUUGCGCACUCGAACGGUGCUUCGGCUACAAAACCUGACCCUAUCCCGUCAUCGUCACCUUACGGCAAGAUCAAAAUAAACGAAGGGGAUGCUUGUGCGCUCAUGUAUAACCACCGUGCCGAGAAAAGCAGGGUUGACGUGGUAGACCUGGACCCGUACGGCACCGCUGCACCUUUCAUUGAUGGAGCGGUUCAGUGCAUAGAGGAUGGCGGCCUGAUGUGCGUCACCUGCACCGAUCUUGCGGUUUUGGCUACUACAAAUUACCCCGAGAAAUGCUAUUCGAACUAUGGUGGUAUCCCUGUCAAGGCUGAGUACUGUCACGAAGCUGCCUUACGUCUAGUGCUGCACUCCGUCUCGACUGCUGCUGGCCGGUACGGUCGCUACAUCGAGCCUCUCCUAUCUCUCUCCAUCGAUUUCUACGUCCGCCUUUUCAUACGGAUAAAGUCCGCGCCUAUCGAAGUCAAAAAAGCAUCUAGUAAAACCGCCAUGUACUACGUAUGUGUGGGAUGUCAGACUCCGUACGAGCAGCCUCUUGGUCGCAUGAUCGAACAGACGUCAACAGCAGGCAACACAAAUUACUUGUUCAAGACGCACAGUGGUCCGCCGACUUCGUCCCGGUGCUCUGAAUGUGGAUCUGCGCUUCACAUUGCAGGUCCCUUGUGGUCAGGCCCGAUCCAUGAAACUGACUUCGUCAAAUCGGUGAUCGAGCAUGUCGAUCAAAACCCUGAAAACUAUGGUACAUCAACACGUAUGAAAGGCAUGCUGACCGUGGCAAGUGAGGAGUUGAAUGACCCUUUCUAUUUCACGCCGUCCCGUGUUUCGAGUUUCUUCCACUGUGUUUGCCCACCGCUUGACGAUGUCGCGUCUGCGCUACUUCAUGCCGGCCACCAGGUGUCAAGGUCGCAUGCAUGUGCAGGCUCUCUGAAAACCUCGGCCACACGUGAAGAUGUGCACGACGUCUUCAGAUCCUGGGUGAAAACGCAUCCGGUGAAAAUGGACAAGAUCAGUGACCAGUCCCCUGCUCGUCGUUUGCUGAACAAGGAGCCCAGGGCCGAGGCAAACUUUACCCGACAUCCCGACUCAAUGACAAGGGCCUCAGCAGUAAAACUAGUGCGGUAUCAAGAGAAUCCGACUGCAAACUGGGGUCCUGGUUCAAAAGCACAGAAAGGCGUCAAAAGGAAGCGUGAUGAAAAUAACUAG